ACUGAGUACCUAUGAGAUAAAUAUCAAGAGUGGCAAAGGUUGUCCUCACAUUUUAGACUCCCAAAGAGCCACCCAGAUUAACUCAUAGCCUCUAGCUCAAGAAACAUCUCAUAUUCAUAUUUGACCAUACAAUUCUUACACUUUCUUUUUUAAAAACUAAAAUAAAUAAUAUAACCUAUAUAAUAUAAAAAUACAACCGCGUGUGCGUGUGCAUCUUUUGUAAUUUUACACACGUGGUUUAGAAAAGGUUCUUCUCUCUUCAUUCUUUGAUUGUAUUCUCAAAACAAAGCGAACCAAAUCAAAAUUCUGUCUCAACUUAUAUCUUAAUUCCUUUGUCUCGGUCUGCCAGUGGCAGUCACUCACCAUAAUAUAAUCACUUUCUUCUUCUAUAAAACCCAAUUCACUUGACUUGACUUGUGCUCAAUUUAGUUACCCUCUAAUUCUAAUAAACAAAGAUCAAUUUCAUGAUGAGAAAAGCUAAAGGUUUUAAGCUUAAAGGGAAGCCAAUUAAUGUGAAGAAUAUCUACAAAUGGGUCAUUAAUAGCAGAAGAAGAAAAACAAGAAGAACCAAAAGAAGAACAAGAACAACAACAAAAAGUAUUAGCAAUCCCAUAGCCAAAGUUCUCACCUUUGCUCGCUCUUUUCGAAGAGGAGCUAAACACCUUUGUUCUUCUUCACCCAAGUCGGGUGAUUAUGCCCCCUUGACCCAUGACCCGGUUGAUAGUCCGAAUCAACAGCAAGGGAUACCUAAAGGUCACCUGGCUGUGUACGUGGGUGAGUCACUGCACCAGACUCAGAUGUACUUGGUGCCUGUCAUAUACUUCAAUCACCCCUUGUUUGGGGAUCUGUUGAAGGAGGCUGAAAAAGUCCAUGGCUUCAAUCAUCCGGGUCGGAUCACCAUACCCUGUGGAGCAUCCGAGUUUGAGAAGGUUCAGAUGAGGAUUGGUGGUGACCAUUGCAGACGGCGUCGUUUUAGGUGGCUCUCCAAAUAAUAAUAAAGACGGACUCUUCUCCAUCCUCCGAAUGAUCACACACCCCAAUAAUCAUUUUCUUUCUUUCUUUUAUCUUUUUUACUGAAUAUUUUCCCCAUACAAAAAAAUUGGGUGAUACUUGCUAUAAGAGUAAAUGUGUGAAUAUAAUUGUGUAGCUAAAUUAUUUGCUUUUUUGCACAUGUUGUUCGAAGUCCUUACAUUCAAAAGAAAUAAAUUGAGAAAUUAAG